AUGAGUGUGUUGGUUACAACCACAUUUUCUCAAGGUGCCGUAUUUUACGCUGGAGAAACACUAUCAUGUACAAUAACCUUUACCAAUCCCAUCCUAUCUUCUGUCAAUAAGCCAGUGAAAUCGUCCAUAUCCGCUCCCAUCCCGUUUCCAACAAAUGCAGCGCAGCCGCAGACGCGAUCCACGCCACAACCACGCACCAUAUCCUCACUGGCCUCUUCUACACUCGCAUUUCUAACCAGAAGUCAACCCACGACACCUCCAUCAUUCCACGCAUCAUCCACAACGACCAACAAUGCAGUAGGACGCAAAGAACCACCUCGCCCAUUGGUGCUUGAUCAAGAUGAUGAAGAAAAAAGCAUCCCUGUGGAACUCGAUUCGCCAACGCCUCGUUCCAGCAUCGAUACAUUUCUGCACCCAAGCCCUCGAAGCUCCAUGGACUCGAUUGCUUCAUUUCGUUCUUCCUAUCAACACAGCGCUGCCAGACGCUAUUCCUCCUCGCCAUUAAAGAAGCCUGUAUCAGAGCACUUGCUGUGUGGAUUUGCGCAAGUGGUAGGCAGUUUUGUGGCAGAUUCCAGCUUGAUUAAUUUGAACGAAUUUGGACCCUUAAAGCAUCACACAAUGUAUAGUCCUCAGGGUGGAUUUGGUGGAGGUGGAGGAAUGAUGGUGGCCAAAUCAGACUCAUCACUGGACACACGCACAUUGCCCGUCUUUUCUACACCACCAUCCAUUUUGUUUGUCGAUUUGAAUAUUGCACCUGGAGAGACUAAAAAAUAUACAUACAAAAUACAACUACCUAAUGACAUUCCACCAUCGCACAGAGGAAAAGCCAUUCGCUUCAAUUACUAUCUUGUGGUAGGCGCACAGAGAGCACCCACUGCAGCGACAGCAAAAUCCGGCUUACCAACGCAAGGUCAAGUAGCGCAGAUUCGUUUCCGAGUAUUGAAUCAUGUAUCAGAAGAUGGAUCAAGGCCUAUCUACGACUUGAUGAAUCCAGUCGUGCGAUACAAAGAUGAAGCCGUUGUGGAUGAGUACAAUGCGACAAAGGCAGAGGAGAAACCAGUAAAGCAACCCAAGAAACCAGCACAGCAGCUAGAGGAGCGGAAAGCGUUUAUGAACUAUGUCAAUGAACUGUUUGAAAAUAGCACUCAAAACCAUACGAUCCAUGAGAUUACCAGACGGGAGAGCGAUGCGUAUGAAGAGCGAAGUGCGGAUGAGCAGAUAUUGGAUAAAUCAUGUUCUCAAGUGGUGUCUCGCAUCACACAUCGUAGUAGAAAAGCUAUGUACGAUAUAUGUAAAAAUAAUCAACGCGUGGCAAAGUUGCAUCUGAUCAAGACUGCACACCGACUAGGCGAGCCUGUAAUCGGCGUGCUAGACUUUAGUGAAGCUAUUCUGUCCACAUACAAGAUUUCCAUUUUCUUGGAAAGCUGCGAGUCAGUUGAAGAUACCAUCUCAUUGAGAACACCACAACACAUUUCACGAGUAUCUCGGAAGACACAUUCGGAUUUCCAUUCCUUUUGUCUAGACAACAAGCGACUCUCAUUUUCACUACCCAUACCAGCAACCGCAUCACCUGAAUUUCAGACGACAGGAGUGUCUCUGAAAUACUUUUUGAAAUUCGAGUUUAUCACGAGCAUUGAUAACCAACCUCCCUUUAUACCUAUUAUCAAAGAUGAAAAGCAUGUUCAUCAUCAAUGCUUGCAGGAUAUCGAAGUCAGUACAUUUGAUUGCCAGAUCCCAUUGACAAUAUACGGUUCACCUGGAGGUGUUGAUCGAGCACUGUACGGUAGGCCGCAUACAUUUAGAGUUCAAUAA